CUAAGCUGCAAUAUCAAAAUAACACUUAUUAGAGUAAAUAACCAGUGAUUUGAAAGAGUUAAUGUGAAGGGCUUCAAAUGUUUGUUAAUAAUGUUUAUUACCCUGAAUAACUGUAAAUACUUAUUAUUGUAUUACAGGAGACGCAGUGAGGAAAAUAGAAUUAUGUUUCAGAAUUUCCUAGAGCAAGACAUACUGGAGGAACACACAUUUGAAGAUGCUCUCGAGAUUCUACAAGCAAAUUCAACUUUUGGAGAAAACAGAAGUCACAUAGCAUUCCUUAAUAACCACACGCCAACCUCGCCAAGUGGCAGCCUCACAGUACCAUCUUUAGAAGAGCCAACAUGCAACUGGAUGGAUUUGCAAAUAAAUAUACCCAACAUGUAUGAAGAUGGCUUAUACCAAAACAUGCAGAGCAUUCAAGAAGACCAUGUAAUGAACAAGACGCAUAUAGCUAAAAUCUCCCAUAAAAAUGGAAGGGGGAAGCUCCUGCUGUUUGAAUAUCUUCAUCAAGCCCUGCGUGACCCAGACAUGAUCAGCUGCAUUCAAUGGGUAGAUGAAUCAAACGGUGUCUUCCAAUUUGUUUCCAAAAAUAAAGAGAAACUCGCUGAACUAUGGGGCAAGAAAAAAGGCAAUCGUAAAAUCAUGACAUACCAGAAAAUGGCCAGGGCAAUUAGGAAUUAUGGCAGGACAGGAGAAAUUCGGAAAGUUAGAAGGAAGUUAACAUAUCAAUUCAGUACUCUAGUUUUACAAAAACUGUCACCACCUUGCCAUUUGGAAAAUGACAUGGUACAUUACCAACAUUUGCAGUAUGAUGUAGAGUACUGGAGCAAUCAUAAUUACUCGAAUGUUAACUGUUAUGACUCAGUUUCUAACAAUGAAUAUCCAUUUUAUCAGCAGUUCAGUUAGAACAGACUUUCUCCUCUAGAGUCUUCCUAAACUGAAUACUUGUACUACACAAAAAAAUGAUGUUUGUAUUUGUAGAGCAGAGUAUUUUUUUUAAAAAAAAAAAUCCUGAGUAUUUCCGUGGAUGGAAAAAUUAUUUGUGCACCCUUUAGGUACCAAAAGAGCAAUAACCAUGAUUCAAAUACAGACUUUGAGAAGAGUAGACAUGAGACUUGGGGUUUCAGUUCUUUGAAUUUACUAAUCAUUAUGAAGGUCAAACCUCUGUGAAAAUGUGCUGUAGAUAUAGCUUGGUGAACCCUGUAUAAUCUAUACAUAGAGUUUUUAGUCCCCCCCCCCCCAAUGUUUACUAAAACAUUCAAUUGUGCAGGGGCAACUUCUUGCUAGAGGAACUUACCAGUGUUGGUUCUUCAUAAUAAAUAAUAAAGAGAGAGAGUUGAAACCUCAACUCUUCUUUUAGUGAAUAAAGCUCUAGAAGUAAAUAAAACAAUAUUUUUAUCUUUUUAAAUAUUAUACUCUAUGUGACAAAAAUGUAUGUCAGAAUUAUUGAUAAUUAUGCCAACAUAGCUUUGUAUUACAUAAAAUAGAGCAAUCUACCCCAGAUUUUGCAGCAGAGAAGCACAGACUCUCCCCACCAUCCUGUUGGCUUAGGCCAGAAUAGGCUGUUGCAUUUAUCAGUAAUGUAAUUUCAACUCAUCGAUUCAUUAAAUUUUGCAUUUGAAUGUUUUUUUCUGUUAAAAUAGGAAUUGGCUCUUCCUGUAUCAAAAUUUGUGGCUUUCUGUAAACCUGCCAUUUUAUUAAAUAAUGUAAAUAAACUUUGUUUUAUCAGUCCUUCUCAUAACCAUGUCACUGCCUUUUUUAAUUUUACAGUGGUUAAAUUAUAUUUUAAUAUUCAAUGUUAUAUAUUAAUGUAUUAUUUCAUAUUGGUUA